AUGAAUUACGUUCAUGUUUACAUCUUGCAGGUACCAUUACCAAAAUUUCCUUUGGUUAUAAUUACUCUAAUACCAAAUAAUGGAAGAGAUUCUGCAAAUACCAUCACAAAUCUUUAUAAAAAAUUACUUUUAGUGAUUACUUCUCAAUUAAAUAUUUCUAUAAUUUUAAUUGGAUCAGAUGGUGCAGCUGCCGAAUUUAAAGCACAAUCUAUUAUUAUAAAUAUACAAACUACUAAUAAGAUAGAAAUUAUAGAUCUAACAAAAAAUAUCAAUUUCAACUGUUCAAUUUUAUCAAAUAUUGGAUCAGUACUUUGA